AUGCCACAGAUCCCAACUGGUUUCAAGUCUGAGCUGAGUGUUAAACAUGAGCUGUGGUUCAGGGGGUCCAGGUGGCAGGCAUGUGGGGGCCGGCCUGCAGCGGAGUCUGGCUAUAGAGUCCACACGGGCUCCCACUUCAACUGGACACAUUCCACAGGACGUGUGCCCAUGAGGUCGUCACCGCUGGUCCUGCUCCUCCUGAUCGGCGUCCAGGCUGUACUGAACAUGGGAGGUGGACCGGCCCGCAGCGCCGGGGCAGCCGGCCGCAAAACAGGACAGCAGACGGGAGCCAAUCACCGAGCGGGACGGCAGGAGACAACGGCCAAGGACCAUUUUUCUGAGGACCAUACCUCAAGGCAGCAUCACAGGACCAGUCAACACAGGACCAAAAAGCCCCAUCGCUCAGCUUUGCACACGCGGGACAGGAGCCCUGUUGCUGGGCAAUCCUUACUGGGUUCCUCCCCUGACCCCUCCAGCCCGGUUGUGGACCCCAAGCUCUUCUCUAAGAGACGUUACCGCCCAUCGCCUCGCGUUGUGUUCAGUGAGGUGCCCCCUUCGCACGAUGCCCUGGCAGGGGGGGACUACGAGGUGGAAGGGGCGAGGGGGGUGAGGGUGAGGCGCAGAGCGGGAUCCCACACCAUGCACCGAGGAGAGUACUCAGUAUGUGACAGCAUAAACAACUGGGUGGGCAACCUGACGCGAGCCACAGACAUAGCUGGAAACGAGGUGACGGUUCUACCCAACGUCACGAUCAACAACGUGGUGAAGAAACAGUUCUUCUAUGAGACCACGUGCCGCUCCCCCACACACAGGGGCUCCGGGACCGCGAACGGGGGUCGGCCAGGAGGACGGGGGGGCAGGCAGGGCUCCAAAUCUGGCAACCCGGGCUGCCUCGGCAUCGACAGCCGCCACUGGAACUCCUACUGCACCAACACACACAUAUUCGUUAGUGCCCUGACCACCUUCAAGGAACGGACAGCGUGGCGUUUCAUCCGCAUCAACGCCGCCUGCGUGUGCGUCCUCAGCCGGAAGUCUUGGGGGGGGAGACUUGGACACUAACCGAGCAUGACAACUCCAGAACACUGAACUAUGAACGAAGCACCCACACACACACAUUUCUCUUAAACAGCCACUGCAGCUUUAUUUGCCAAUACUGUAGUCCUUUCCCCACCUCUAAACAAUGCACACACACACACCUUCAUUCAACCCCCUCAGUCCCUGACCCUACCUCAGUCAGAGAAGUCUUGGUUAUUUUAAGUUAUGAGGACUGCAUGUCAUAUUUAUGGUUUAUACAGUCAAAUAUGAAAGUAUAUACAGUAUGUGUAUAUAUACAAAAUGAAUUCAAGCUUUUAAUGUUGAUGUUAUUGUUGUUGUGUUGUUCAUGCUGUUAUUUAUUAAACAUCUCAGUACUU